AGCGUUCGUACCUGUCAACAGAUUUAAAAACAUCUGUGUCACUGACAUUACUCCGAGUUUAACGCAUUUUAACAGAAAACGGCGCUAGAGGACAAAGUCCUAGGUGUUCAUAUACAUAUUUAGAAGAUUUAAAUUGCGUUUCCGCGUUUUGUCGCGUCUGUCGGAGCACCGUAAAAACUGCUGCGGGGUGAAAGCGAAAUGAAAUGAAAGGGGAAGUGAAACUUCAGGCAGCUGCUCGGACGUUUAGCGAAAACAGCUUCGAAACAGCAGAGAUUAAACCCUAAAGCAGACUCGAGCUCUGCUAUAUCUCCAGGGCUGGACAACAUGAGCUCUUCAGAAAAUGUUUAUUUCAUCCUAACUGAAAAACCUCAAUUCUACUACAACGUCAAGCUUGGGAGUUUAUGGUACAUACGGGAGUUCAAUUAUACUUUGGAAACAUCCAGGCGCAGUCCUCCCACAAAGUUACCAGUAGUGUGUUUAAGCUCGAGAACCGGUGUGACUUGUAAUAUUGAGAUAAAAUGCUUAAAGAAACUCGAUGCUGAUGAGGCUGACCUCCUGUUGGCCUGCCAGCCUGAGUCUGAGAGGCUAAACUGGAUCAGAGACGGAGCUGCUGUUCUGGCAGCCCUGGAACUCACCAUGGGAACAGAUGUGAUGGUUGAAGAAGAUGGACAGAUAUUGAGAGGCAUCAUUCGCUACAUUGGACCCAUUGUAGACCCAAGCUAUCUGCACCCUAUAACAGGAAGAUACUUUGGAAUUGAACUACAGGGAGAAGACAGAGGGAAGGGAAAUACCGAUGGGACCUAUGGAUUUCAGAAGAGAUUCUCGUGUGAGAAGAACUGUGGCAUUUUUGCCCCUUUUUGCAGAGUUAAACCUUUGGCUCCCACCCUUCAUUCUCCCUCCAAGUCUGACCUCCAUUAUGAACAACAAACACAAGAGAUAUUUCCAGGAGACAUCAAACCUAGUAACAUUAAAAAGAGAUGCGACCUAAAGGAGAAUGGAAGAAGAGGGGUAGAAAUUAAAGUCCCGCUCCACGAUGUCACUAAAGGAGAAAUACCUUCAGGGCCUGAAAGCAUGGAUAUUGAUGCUCCAAAAGUUGAAACACACACUGAUCAAAGCAUGAGUCUAAAUUCUGCGGUGGAGGUGACUUUAGCGAAGGGGAACUCUUAUGGGAUCGUCCGCUGGAUCGGCAACCUACCCACCCGUGAAGGCAUCAGUGUUGGAAUUGAGUUGGAGGAGGACUAUGGCGUGAGCGAUGGUACCUUUAAAGGAAAGCGUUAUUUCACCUGUCCUCCAAAGAGAGCGUUGUUUGUGAAGCUGCAGUCCUGCCGUCCUGAUUCACGCUUUCUGAACAUACCAGCCAACAUCAAGAAGAUGCCAGAACUGAAUAAAAAGGAAGAUGAUGAUUAUGGCAGCACAGGGAAGCUGGAGACAGUUCCUCCAAUCAGCACAGAGCAGGUCCACCAGCUUCUGAUUGGUCGGAUGAAAGGGAUCCAAGGACACUGUAACUCCUGCUACAUGGACGCUGCCCUCUUUGGAUUGUUUUCCUGCUCCUCUGUGUUGGACUCCAUGUUGUUCAAAUCAACAACUCCUCAAGACGCUCCAAUCCAGAGAAUAUUACUUCAUGACAUUGUAAACCCUCUCCGCAGUAAGGGAUUCGUUCUGGGACAAAACAUCAUGAAGUUUCGGGAGCAGCUGCAGGAUCACGGCUAUAGUCACUCAUUCACCACUGAGGAGAAGGAUCCAGAGGAGUUCCUCAACAUAGUGAUGCACCACAUUCUUGCCCUUGAUCCUCUGCUAAAACUGUCAGCUGCUGGUAAAGUACAGGAGAGCUACUGCUACCAGAUAUUCCUGGACCAGAACCACAGCCUGAUUCUGCCCACGGUCCAACAGCUUCUAGAACAUUCCUUCCAUAACGCAGGACUCAAAUUGGCAGAGGUGCCUUCCUGCCUCAUCCUCCAAAUGCCUCGCUUUGGAAAGAAAUUCAAGAUGUUUGAAAAAAUUAUUCCUUCGCUGGAGUUGGACAUCACCGACCUCCUCUCUGAAGGUCCUCAACAGUGCAUUGUGUGCGGACACUUGGCAGUGGAAGAGUGUGGAGACUGUUUUAAAGAGCCAAUUUUCAACCCAACAGGAUUUAAAGUCUUCUGUAAGAAGUGUUCAGCUCAGGUGCACUCUCACCCUCAGCGCCACUCUCAUCAGCCUGCAGCUCUGGAAAUACCUAAAGGCUACCUCGGCCGUGGCGUCCCUCACACACUGACCAGAGACCGCCUGGAGCUGUUCGCCGUGCUCUGCAUCGAGACCAGUCACUACGUGUCCUUUGUCAAGCAUGGACCAAACAAGGAGGACUGGAUCUUCUUCGACAGCAUGGCGGACAGACAAGGAGAAAGAGACGGCUUCAACAUUCCUGAAGUACAAGCCUGCCCUGAGGUGGGCAUGUACUUGGAAAUGUCUCCGGCUGAGUUGGCAAGUCAGGUCCCGCGUGACAUGAAAGGCGUGGCCAAGCGACUCUUCUGCGAUGCCUACAUGUACCUGUACCAGAGCACGAGCAUGUGUCUCUAUCGCUGAGGGGACCCGGUUUCUGUUUCCUGCUUCCUUUAAUUUACUGAUUCAUUUUUAAGUUACUGUGUGUGGUAAUUUUAUACAAAUAUUUGCAAACAAAAAGGCAUUGAUAUAAAUAUUUUAUGUCUAAUGCAGGGAAAAUACUUUCAGGCUUGAAUAAUUUAUAGUGAUAUUAUUUCACUUUUGUUAUAUGAGUGAAGGACAAACUGACAAUUAUUUCCUGAUGUAAUUUUUAAACUGAAGGGGAAAAAAUGGUAUUUGAUAAAUAAUUUUUUUUUUUCGCUGAUCACAUUCCAUCACAUUUGGCAGUGAGUUGUUUGAAAAAACAAAUUCAACUAUUUUCACAAAAGCAGUAAUACAGCAUAUAGCAGAGGAAAUCUUGGCAAUCUAAUAUAAAAAUGAAAUUGACCCUUAAUGAAAACAUGUAAAAACUGUGUUUAUAUAGAAAAAAAAUUGUAUUUCUUCUAAAUGCUUUGGAAAGAAAAAUGGUUUCCUUUUGUUCUGAUUUCCUUAGUAAUAUUAUACUUUGGUGUAAAUCUACCAUGGGGGGAUGAAAAACUGCACUUAGAAUGGCUGCUAAAACGUUUAUGGAGACCUUUUCUAUGCUGAUGUAUAUUAAUUGCCUCUCAUUGGUGUAUAUAUGUUAUGAUAAACCUGUUUAAAUCCAUACUGAUUUCUAUGUGGAUAUUUUUUCUCUUUAGCCAUACAGCAGAAGACCAGUUGCUAUGUGCCUCUUGAUGUAUUCAUGUAAACAUUUCAGUCGGUUAUAGAAGAAAUUAAGCAGCCUUGCUCAAACAUUCCCAGCAGGUGAUUGAUAUCCUGGCCUUAACCUUGGGGCGACAAGAAAGAAACAACUAUCUAACAGAGGAUGAUAAUUUGAAGCAGGUGAUCUACAAUCUUGUUUUGAUCAUGAUCCAUAUCUCACGACCAUAGCUGAGGGUUGGCAUGCUGAUGAACCGGUAAAUCUAGAACUUUCACUUUUACCUUCGCUUCAGAUUUACCACAACAACCUGGGGCAACGCCUUCAGUUCAGCAAAUAAAUCCUUGAGGGGUAUUUCAUAAAACUUGUUCAGAAAAGCUAGACUUAAACGCCCAGUUCUGACACAUCUUUGGCACAACAAGUCAAACCAAGAUUACUGGGUUUCACAUAAUGGACACCUGAUUUGAUUGUCACUAAUUCAGGACAGGUUCCAUUAACUGGUGUUUUCGUUCACAUGAGCAGACAGUGCAGUCGUCACAAGAG